CCACCAGGAACGAAAGAGAGCUUCAUCUGCCCUCCAGAACCCAGCUAUGAACUCCCUCUUCACAAGCACCGUCACUCCAGUUGCCUUCUCCCUGGGGCUGCUCCUGGUGAUGGCUACUGCUUUCCCCACCCCACUACCCCUGGGAGAAGAUGAAACCACCUCAAAUGGACCACUACUCACCACUGCAGACAAAACCAAACAGCACAUUAAGUACAUCCUCGGCAAAAUCUCUGCCCUGAAAAAUGAGAUGUGUAACAAUUUUAGCAAGUGUGAAAACAGCAAGGAGGUACUGGCAGAAAACAACCUGAAUCUUCCAAAGAUGGCAGAAAAAGACGGAUGCUUCCAAUCUGGGUUCAAUCAGGAGACCUGCCUGAUGAAAAUCACCACUGGUCUUUCGGAGUUUCAGAUAUACCUGGAGUACCUCCAGAACGAGUUCAAGGGUGAAAAGGAAAACAUCAAGACUAUGCAGAUCAGUACCAAAGUCCUGGUCCAGAUCCUGAUGCAAAAGAUGAAGAAUCCAGAAGUAACCACCCCUGACCCAACUGCAAAAAGCAGCCUGCUGGCUAAGCUGCAUUCACAGAAUGAGUGGCUGAAGAACACAACAACUCACCUCAUCCUUCGAAGCCUUGAGGAUUUCCUGCAGUUCAGCCUGAGAGCUGUUCGGAUAAUGUAA